CCUUGAUGGAACAGGCCUGACUGCCAUUGUUACAGGGGCGUCAAGUGGCAUUGGCAAGGAGGCAACAAGGGUGCUUGCCUUACGUGGGGUUCGCGUGAUCAUGGCUGUGAGAAAUACAAAAGCUGGCUCAGCAGUUAAAGAUGCAAUUGUUAAAGAGAUCCCUGCUGCUAUAGUUGAGGUCAUGGAGUUAGAUCUCAGCUCAAUGGCAUCAGUCAGGAAAUUUGCUGCACAAUACAAUGCUACGGGUCUUCCACUGAACAUUCUCAUCAAUAAUGCAGGAGUUAUGGUUUCUAAAUUUAAUCUUUCUAAGGAUGACAUUGAACUCCAUUUUGCAACUAAUUAUUUGGGCCAUUUUCUCUUAACAAACUUGUUGCUAGAUGUAAUGAAAAGUACAGCAGCAGAGAGCAAUGUAGAAGGAAGGAUUGUGGUUGUUUCGUCAUUAGGUCAUCGGUUCGUGUACAAAGAAGGGAUACAAUUUGAUAAAAUCAACGUUGAUACCCGGUUCAAAUAUGGGCAAUCAAAGCUUGCCAAUAUACUGCAUGCUGUUGAGCUCUCAAGACGCUUGAAGGAAGAAGGGAUUCCAGUAAUUGUUAAUUCAGUUCAUCCAGGAUCCGUUGUUACUGAUCUUCUGCGCAAUAGCAGCAUUCUCUCUGGUAUUGUUAACCUGAUUGGCAAAUAUUUCUUUAAAAAUGUUCAACAGGGAGCUGCAACUACUUGCUACGCUGCAUUGCAUCCACAAGUCAAGGGAGUCAGCGGAGAGUAUUUUGCAGAUUGUAACUUGUCCCAAGCCAGCCCUUUAGCUAAUGAUGCGGAAUUGGCCAAAAAGCUGUGGGAUUUCAGCUUGAGCUUGAUAGCCCCCCCCCAAGUAAUAUAAUAUCAUGACUUCUAAGGGAGUUUUUUUAGUCAACAAUGGUAUUUUGGGGCUCAUCGUUUCUAUAUCUUACUGUAAUAACGGGCCGCAGCUGUACAAUGUGGGAUCCCGAGCCUCUCCAGUCGAAUGUUUAUCCAAUUUUGUUUAGUUAUGUUAUUCUUAUAAACGUCAACUAAUACAAGAAGUAAAUCAAAGU